AUGACUGCAAAAAACCGAAACAAGAACAGCGCCGCUGAGAAGAGCCCUGUGCCAAGCCAAGAAGAUGUGCCAAAGAAGAACCAAAAAACUUCCAGCAACGGGACCACCAGCCUCCCGAGUCAGGGGCAAGGCUCGGGGAACUGCCUCGGGUUCUUUGCAUCCGCUGUGUUUUAUGUCACUUUAUUAGGCGCCGCAGGGUUUGCAGCUUUUUAUUUUCAACAAAUAGUGGAGGAAAUUCGCCAGACAAGCGCCGUACGUGAGGAAAGCGCACUACAAAACGCAGAGCUCAUCAGUAAAAUGCAGACUCUUGUUCAACAGGUGGAGAAUAUACAGAGAGUGGUAGAUGGACUGGAGUCGUCACUGGGCAUCACUCGGGGGGAGAUGGAGGGGGCCAUCAGCCGAAUGAAGAGGGGGGAGGUGGAGACCAGGAAAAUGGAGGAAGCUCUUCACAAGCUCCAGAAAGAUCUCCUUAGGGACCUGUCGCAGGGCAUGGCUGAGGUGAAAGAGGAGAACAAAAGGGACUUCUCCUCUCUUGAGCAGGCAGUGGAGGAGCGACUGACAGAGGCAAGUCAGUCCCUUGAAGCUAGUUUCAGAGAGUUCACAGAGGCUCAGGAAGACACCAAGACACAACUUUCCCAACUUAAGAUUCAGAUGGAGGGAAUAGAAGAUCCUGCACUGGUUAAACAAGAACUUUCUGAAAUUGUGGACACUGUAGUUGAAAUAAGAACGGCAAAGCAGGAAGCUGAUGCGUCUGUGGACUCCCUCAGACAGCAGAUCAUUUCAGUAAGGGAAGAGCUGCAGACACGCAACCAGGAAGUAGCUUCGUUGUCCAAAGAAUUUGAGUCAGUGAGGACAUCAGUGCAGGAGAAUAUGGGCCGCCUGAGGCAGUCCCUCUCUGAUGCUGAGGUCAGUGUCCAGGCAGUGAAGGACAACAGUGUGACCAUAGAAACCCAGGUGGGGCAGACAGCACAGGCAGUUCGCGAUGUGGAGAGCAAACUGGUUGAAGCUGCUGCACAAACCUUAAAGAAAUCUGAUGAACUUGAAUCUAGGGUGAAAUCCUCAGAGGAAAGCAGUGAUUCUCUGUCCUCUUCUCUUUCUGAUCUCACCUCCAAAGUGGAGUCUCUCCUGUCCAAGUGUGACACGUAUGACAGCACAAUGGCAGCACAGGGUCAGACAGUGGAGCAGGCCAAAGCCAUUAUGCAGCAAGAAUUAGAGGCAAUUAAAAGUGCUCUAAGUGAACUGCAGUCUAGUGUGACUGAUGUUAGCAAUCAGGUCCUUCUGUUUUCUCAAGACUCCAGCCUCAGUGUUCAGGUGGAGGAUCUUGGCAGAAGGUUGGAGGAUGUGGAGAGAAGCAGUGCUGGUAGCGUGAGGCCUGAGCAGCUGGAGAGCCUUGAGAGCUUGGUCAGCAAUCUGGAGGGCAAAGCUGCCAAACUAGAGGGUCAUGAAAAUGCCAUUUCUGCUCUUCAGGAAACUCUACAGAAGACCACACAAACACUGGCCGGUCUAUCCAAAGCUCCAAAGGCCUCAAAGUAG